AUGGCCGCCCAGAAGGACUCGAGCAAGAUUGACCCGCUCACGGGCAUGCCUCACUCCGAGGCGCAUUACUUCAACAGCUACAACCACCACGGCAUCCACGAGGAGAUGCUGAAAGAUGAAGUGCGCACCAAGUCGUACCGUGAUGCCAUCUACCAGAACCCCCACCUGUUCAAGGACAAGGUCGUCCUGGACGUGGGAUGCGGAACCUCAAUUCUGAGCAUGUUUGCCGUCAAGGCCGGCGCAAAACACGUCAUUGGUGUCGACAUGUCAACCAUUAUUGACAAGGCCAAGGAAAUUGUCGAGCGCAACGGCAUGUCAGACAAGAUCACUUUGCUUCAGGGCAAGAUGGAGGAGGUCGUGCUACCAUAUGACAAGGUAGAUAUUAUAAUAUCGGAGUGGAUGGGCUACUUCCUGUUGUACGAGAGCAUGCUAGACACGGUGUUGUACGCCCGUGACAAGUACCUGGUCAAGGACGGCUUGAUCUUCCCCGACAAGGCCACCAUCUUCAUGGCCGGCAUCGAGGACGGUGACUACAAGGAGGAGAAGAUUGGAUUCUGGGAUAACGUCUGGGGCUUCGACUACACUCCCCUCAAGGAAACCGCCAUGACCGAGCCGCUAGUCGACACAGUCGACAUCAAGGCUGUCGUUACUGACCCAUCUGCCGUCAUCACCCUCGACCUCUACACCUGCACCGUCGACGAUCUCGCUUUCCGAUUACCGUACGAGCUCAAAGUGCGCCGUAACGAUUUCAUCCAUGCCGUCAUUGCCUGGUUCGACAUUGAAUUCGCCGCAUGCCAUAAGCCCAUCCGCUUCUCCACUGGCCCACACACAAAGUACACCCACUGGAAACAGACGGUGUUUUACCUAAAGGACGUUUUGACGGUGGAAGAGGGCGAGACAAUCACUGGCGAACUCGAGAACAAGCCCAGCGAGAAGAACCACCGCGAUCUCGACAUCAAAAUCACGUACAAGCUCAACGCAACCGACAUGCACAGACAAGCGUCUGGUGAAGCGCAAUACAAAAUGUGCUAG